AUGACCACGCGUUUUCCCUAUGCAAUGCACUACUGCUCCCGUCCCACUGCUGCUGGCUCUGCUACUGCUGCUUUUUUUGCGCCCGACGAUGUUGACAACGAGACCCGGGAUCCGCAAUCGGGCAGUGGCAUGUCCAAUUCCGAUUUGCUCCGCCCAUAUUGGUUCGCCACCCCCCUCAAGAGCUGCUGCUGCUGCUGCUGCUGCUGCUGCAGACUACAGAAUGGGGCCCCUCCCUCCACCGGCCAUGCGCCGCGAUCGAUGGCCAUGGGCGUCGCUGUCGCAUCGUGUCUGCCAAUCGUUGCGCAAGCGCAAAAACUCCCCCCUCGACCCCCUCGACCCGUGCGCAGACCGCGCUCGGUAGGCCGGCAGCUGUCCAAGUUGAAGGCCAGACCGGGCCAGGCCAGAGGUGACCUCGUGGGCUAAGGGGCUAGUUUUAGAACAUGGGGGAGGAAGACGGGCUAGUCGGAAUGUAGGAAUGCGUGUGCCUACCUAUACCUAGCCACCUACGAUGGCGCGCUUUCGAGGCACAGUCAUGUGCGCGCACUUAAAGAAGGGCGGUCAGAGACGAGGGCCGUUGCUUUCUUCCUUUUCGACUGCAGGCGCGGGCGGGAGGGGCGCGCGGUGUGCGAGGGGCGCAAAUAAAAAUCUACACCUGUGC